AUGGAACCCCAAGUAUGCACAACUCGAAUCUCGAAUUUCUUUAUGCAAACGGGCCCACCUGCAACGUGCGGCAUCUCGUCAACUUCAAUUCCUCGUCACUUAUCCAGAGCCUCCCCAAUCAAAUCGACUCCAAUUGACCUUACCUCUCUCCCCCCACGUCUGUCCGCCCGUCCGCCCUCUCGCGCAAGCGCAACACCAAAAAAGACGAUGUCGAGCAAGUACGCUUUCACAAAGGCCCUCAAGGAGGUGCGCUUCCUCUUCUGCCAGACGGGCGAGCACAGCGCCGCGACCCGCUCCUUCAUCACGAGGGCUUACCCUACGAUGAAGAAGAACAACCCUCAGACCCCGAUCCUCCUGCGCGAGGCCGCCGGCACGCUACCCAAGGUCUACGCGAGAUACGGCCUUUCGGACAAGCAGAUCGAGGACACAGUCACAACCUUGGUCAAGAACUCCGCAUGA